CACACAUAUACACAUAGUCAGUUGUUCUUGUAAAAAGAUAUCAUGGCGUUAGAUUUAAAAAUUAUGACGAAGAGGGGUAGAGAAGAAGGAGCAGAUCAGAACAUGAAAAGCAUGGCGAAUUGCUUGAUGUUACUCUCCAAUGGCGGCGGCACGUUUUAUUCAGCCGUUGACAGCUCUGCUGCCCGUGUUUUCGAGUGCAAGACAUGUAACAGGCAGUUCCCGUCGUUCCAGGCGCUCGGCGGCCACCGGGCCAGUCACAAGAAGCUGAGACUUAUGGGAGAACAACAUUCCGGCGAGUUGAGGACAUCACCAGAGAAGCCUAAAACGCACGAGUGCCCUGUUUGUGGGAUGGAAUUCGCAAUUGGACAAGCUCUUGGAGGGCACAUGAGGAAGCACAGAACGGUGGCCGUUAAUGAAAAUCACCAGCCGCCGACGGCGGAGCCCGCCUUGUCUUUGGCUCCUUCAUAUCCUCCACAUCCAAUUGUGAAGAGAUCGAAUGGCAGGAGGGUUUUCUGUUUGGAUUUGAACUUGACUCCUCUGGAGAACAAGUUUCUUCUCUUCGGGAAAAUGGUUCCUACCAUUGACUGUUGACGGAAAACUUGAGAGUUGCACAUAAUUCAAUGUAUAUUUCCAUUAACAUUAGAGUCAGUUAUUCAUGAAUCUGUUUUGUUCAAUGCUAUAUAUAUAUAUAUAUUAGAAGUUUUGGUGCAAUUAUAAUC